AUGGUAGCACAGGCGAAGACACCUUUCCAGGUGAUUGUUGUUGGGGCAGACAAAGGGAUCGGUGGCAUGGCGGCAGCCCUGACUUUAGGGUUGAAAGGGCAUCAUGUCAUGAUCCUUGAAUCUGCUCCACAGCUCAAGGAGGUCGGUGCCGGCAUCCAAGUUUCCCCGAAUAUGUUACGGCUCUUUGACCGAUGGGGCGUGUCUCCGUUGAUACACUCUAAGGACGUUGCACUGGAGCAUAUCCAUGUCCGCCGAUGGCAAGACGGUAGCCUUCUAGGGACGAUGCCUGUGAACAAGACAUAUGGCCAACAGGUAGUCAUUCAUCGUGCAGAUCUCCACAACGUCUUGAUUGACAAGGUACUGGCGCUACCAAAUGUGAAGCUCCGAGUAAAUGCAACCGUCACAGGUGUACAGUUCUACCCGGCAUCUGUGACCUUAGCUAAUGGCACUGUUGUUCGAGGGGAUGUUGUGAUCGCUGCUGAUGGCAUCAAAUCCACCAUCCGUGGCCAUCUGCUUGGUGAAAACUCACUCUCCAAGGCCAUUCCGACAGGAGAUGCGGCCUAUCGGAUCAUGCUGCCGCGGAGUGUGAUGGAAAACGACCCUGAGUUGAGAGAUCUGGUGAACGAGCCACAAGCAACUCGUUGGCUUGGGCCUGAGCGGCACAUAAUCGCUUAUCCUGUUCGCAACCAUGAGCUCUUCAACGUGGUAUUGCUCCAUCCGGAUGGACAUGGCGUGGAGGAAUCGUGGACCACUAAAGGGUCGAAGCAGGGAAUGGCUGACAACUAUCGCGGUUGGGACCGAAAGGUGCAGAAACUCAUCGACUUGGCUGCGGACGAUGAAGUCCUUGAAUGGAAGCUCUGUUUACACUCUCCAUUGAAGACUUGGAUUAAAGGUGGUGUGGCACUGAUCGGUGAUGCCUGCCAUCCCAUGUUGCCAUAUGUCGCUCAAGGCGCCGCACAGGCCGUCGAAGAUGCUGCUGCUCUUGGGGUCCUCCUGUCCACAAUAUCAUCUGCACGUGAAAUCCCCCUGGCUCUCCAAGCGUAUGAAAAUUCUCGAAAACAACGCGCGGAGAAGGUUCAACAGUCGGGCUCGGCAAACCGUAUCACGCUGCAUCUUCCCGAUGGACCUGAACAGCAGGCUCGAGAUGAGCAGUUCCGUCUAUCGAUGACCAGCGGCUCUAAUCCCGAUCGAUGGACAGAUCGUGAGACGCAGGCGUUCUUAUGGGGAUGGGAUGCUGAGAAAGCGGCCCUGGAGGCUUGGAAUGAAAUCCAUGAAGGAAGUUCGCCCGAACCGCGUCAUCAUCUGUAA